UGAAAGAACUCCCAGUUUUGACAGCUAUGAUUCAAUGAGGAAAGGAACAAGUUGGAGAGGCUUCCUAGCAGAGCUUUUAGGCCUGUUAAGGAGUUGGAAGACAUUUUAUGAGAGAGAAGCAUUUAGGACCAACAUGAUCAAUGCCUUGGUCCAACAGUGACUCAGGACCUUUCUGCUAUGGAGUCUCUGUCUCGGAUUGCUCCCUGCAAGCAGCCUCUCCUGGUUGUUUUUGUCUGCUUUGGAGAAAAGCCUGAAGUGAGUGAACUCGGUGCCUGUGUCCUGCGAGUGGGGUUCAGCAUCACCACAUGCCUCAGUGCAGGGGGACAAAUCUGGGAAGGCGUGGGCAGGACUGAGGCUACAUGUUCCAACUGAAGGAUUCUGAGCAAAGGGAUUUGGGCAAGAUCCACUCAUUUCGGCCUCCAGUAACACAUCCUGGAAAGGUUGGACUUGCAGCACAUCAGGAGAUGGUGGCAGUCAUUUCCUACCCACCCCUCAAGCAUCCUUCCAUCCUCCUAUCUGUACAAAAUCUCAGGCACUGCCCACAUCACCUCUCAACCCAGGGAUGGAUUUGCUCUUAAGUAAAGCUGUGCAGAAACUGGGAAGUGCCGCAUCGGAGCUUUUGAAUUUGGACCACUUGCAGUCCUGACAUUCAGAAUCUCAUCCCUAUGGGUGGCAAAGACAAAGAGGCUGGAUGCAAAGGAGGAAGCAUGGUAAAGGCAGCAUCUCUCCGGGAUUCAUGGGCUCUUUGAGAGAUGAUCAGAGGGAGGCCAGAUGACCUGCACAACACACAGAGCACUGUUUCUCCUCUGCAAAGGCAGCAUCGGAGCGUUCUCCCCAGCCCCGCGCCGCCCGGCUUGCCCGAUCGUUUCCGGAUGUUUCGUAGCUGCGAGUGGGAAGUCCUGGAGCGAUCCCUCAAUAUCCUCCAGGCUAGUGACUUCUACUGGGGCCCCUUGUCCGUGGGGGAGGCCCACGCCAAGCUCCAGCGGGAGCCUGUAGGCACCUACUUGGUGCGGGACAGCUCGCAGGGGAACUGCUUGUUCAGCCUGAGCGUGCGGAUGCCCACGGGGCCCGUCAGCCUUCGGAUCUCUUUCCAGGAGGGCUAUUUCCGCCUCAAGAACUGGUUUUCAGACUGCGUGGUCCGGCUGCUGGAGCUGGUGGUGGCGGGGACCCGGAACAACCCCUUGCACUUUGAUGAGAUGGGGGGAACUCCCCUGGUGUUCUCUGAGCCCCUGUGCCGGAGCCGCCGGGCAGUGCCCACGCUGCGGGAAUUGUGCUGCCGGAGCCUCCCUGCUGGUGCCGCGACAGAGGACAGAGCAGGGCUGGGGGGCUCCUUGGGAAUGUGUCUGAGGGAAGAGGUGUUCUCACCCCUGGACAGAAGGGGAGGGUCAGAGGGGAGCGCUGGCCCCAGCCCCUCUCUGUCCUGGGCUAGGAGAUGAUGGAUGCAUAUGGGAGAUGAAAGGAGAUGCCUCUUUUAUGGCUGUGCUGGUGGGAUGUGUGCCACACCAGUGAUGCUGGACUGGCUGCUGGGAGAUGAAGGGGGAGGGCAGAGGGAGCAGAGCUUGAACCCAGUGGCUGUGACAGAUGUGUCCUCGUACAUGCACAGUGAGUGUGACUUUCCCAGAUGUGCCUGGGGUAAAGCCAGACCUAAAGAGCAGACAUUGCCACUGCCACCAAGUCCUGCUCUUUGCUCCAUUUAUAACUUAAAAGCUUCAGAAAAAAAGGUGAGCUGCCCAUCUUCCCAGGUCCACCCUGUGUUCUCUUCUACCCCAAAGUGCUUGAGCUCAUUCCUGCCUCAAAUCUGCCCUGGUGGAGUGCAGCUGAGUCCAGUCCCACAGCAGUGCAGCUUGGACAUCGAUGGGCAUGACCCUUGUGCUGACCCACGAAGCUGUGGUGGAGCAAGAGCAUGUUUCACUCCCUGCAGUACAAAUAUGAUGCCUGUUACUUCAGAGGCCGGUGUUUGCACCAAGUGAGACCAUUGCAGCCAUGUAUGAUACAUGCAGCUUCACUGGCUUUUGCAUUGCUUUAUUCAAUUGGAUUUUUGGAGAGUGAAGAUGGGUUAUGCUGUACUUAAGGGCAUGGCAGAGAUAACCCUGGUCUGGAGAGUUGUAUCUGCCCUGGGAGGGUGUGAAGAGAUGGGAUCCUGCACCCUUUCUUAAGCUCAUGUGAUAGUGUGCU